GUCUGUUGUUCUGAAACAUCAUCAUCAUGCAGUCGGUCGGAAUUCCUGCUGUUUCUGUCCUGAUUUAUCUGCUGAUGCUUCCGUGUCAAGCCUUCAUCAUCAGAGAAGUUCUAGUGAAAGACUCUGUGACGUUCCCGUGUUCCUGCACUGGAAACUGUCCGGUGGUUCAGUGGAGUCGCUUCAUUCCCAGUUACACCAUUGUGGCUAAAUGGAAGUGUCCCAGAGGACAGAAUUUACAGAAAAGAUUUGAAAUAUCAGGAGAUACCAGCAGAGGAGAUUUCUCCCUGAUGAUCAUCUCAGUAGCCUACAAUGAUGGCGGCUCCUACAGGUGCAGCUGUAAUGGAGAAACAGUUAGUGAAGUGAAGAUGAAGGUUCUGGUGGCGACAGUUGUAAAGGUUCAGGAGAAGCAGAAUGUCACCCUCCCGUGCUACGGAGACACUCGGAGACAAGAUGUUAAAGAUGUACAGUGGAAGAAGGAUGGAGGAAAGGUUGUGCUGUACACUCAUGCAAACAGAUCAGUGACUACUGAUGAAGCAGGAAGCAGAUUUAUGAUGUCAGUAGAAGACUUUCUGGAUGGUGAUCUCUCUCUCCACAUCAGUUCAGUUCACCUGUCUGAUGCAGGAGAAUAUCGGUGUCUCCUCCAUGAUGAAUCUCAGGAUGGAGAACCAUCAACUGUUGUGCUGGAGGUAGAAGGGCUACAACAUCAAACAACCACCAGCACCACCAGCACCAGCAGCAGUGAGGUUACAGUACUGCGUGUGCUACUUGGAUUGAUCUCUGUAGGUUUUAUCAUCGGACUGAUGGUUUGGAUUGUGAGAAGACACAGAGAUCAUCCUGUAUUAGAUCCAGAACCACAGGCAGCUCUGAAUCCAUUUCAGAACUAGAUGAUGAUAAUUAUUUAAGAGUGGACUCAUGUUCUUCAUCAUCAUCAUCAUCAUCAUCAUCAUCAUCAUCAUCAUCAUGUUUAAACGUUUAAAAUAUUAGCUGUUAAUUGUUAUAGUUUGUAGGUGGACCAGCUUUUCUAUCUACAGCACUAUUGUGUUAUACCAU